GGGCAGGAGUCAUUCGGCGACACCGGUGGCAGGUCCUUCCCUGUUCCAGUAUGACUUUGCCCCUUUUUACUAAGCGGGGACCAUGGUCAUGGUUCGACUACUUUGGUGUGGCAGAACUCCAGUGGUCCGAACACCUCUGAACACCUUUGAGAUGAAUUGAUACAGCAUCACUGCCUGACCACGCAAAUGCUACAUUGACUAAAUGGGCACAAAUUCCCACAGAAUGUAAGGUGUUCACAUACUUCUAGACAUACUGUGUGAUUAACGAUUUAUAUUCUCGUGUCAAGAGGAGUUGGGAGAAUACUACAGUACGUCACACAUAGCACCUCCCCCACUCACACACUAUGGGGACCCCACAGCCGGCUCGCCACCGAAACAGAUCUCUCUCUCCAACACAAAGACCAACGAGUGCAAACUCCAUCAUAGAAGGUGAUCCGAACGGAGAGAGAUUAACAGUAACAGUAGAUCAGACUAAAGAUGGACGUCUGGGAUUCAGUGUUCGAGGAGGAACAGAACAUGGCCUCGACAUCUUCAUCAGCAAAGUGGAACCCAACAGUGCUGCAGAGCAGGCAGGUCUGUGUGUAGGUGAUAAGCUGCUGGAGGUGAACGGUAUCAGUCUGGAGAACAUCAGCAUGAGCAGUGCAGUCAAAGUAUUGACGGGACACCAGCGUCUUCGUUUGGUCCUCCAGAGAGUGGGGCGUGUCCCUGGGGUCAGAUACACCAAUGAGAAGACCACCUGGGUAGAUCUGAUCCAUCGCAGGAUGGUGGUGGAGGAAGGGGGUCCAGCUCUGUCAGACAGUCGCUCAGACGGCGCUCUGUGUCGUACGGUUCACCUACACACGUCUGUCGCUCAGCCCUGCCUUGGCCUCAACAUCCGCGGAGGGACCGAAUACGGGCUUGGAAUUUACGUCUCCAAGCUCGAUCCUGGAGGGCUGGCCGAACAGUGUGGGAUUAAGAUGGGGGAUCAGAUCCUGCUAGCUAACGGAGUCAGCUUUGAAAGUGUUACUCACAGCAGAGCCGUCGAGGUCCUGAAGAGCCAGCCACACAUCACGCUGACUAUCAAGGAGGCGGGGAGAUAUCCGGCCUAUCAGGAGUUAGUUGCCGAGUACCACUGGAUGGACAGACGAAGCAGUAGAGCAUAUCAAUCUUCAUCACGGGGGUCAGACUCGUCCUCCUCUGCCUCCUCUCAGUCUUCUGGGACCCCUCUAAACUCCGUCGCUGGUCUCUCUCAAGCGACGCUGCCUCUCUCGCUGCCCCUCAGAUCCCAAAUGAGCGACGUUUCCAGUUUCACAGAGAGCCACUUCCUGACGGAGGAGGAUUUCAGCGUGGAGCAGGUAGAGACGAGCCUGAGCCGAGGCCCCACCGAGCUGCUGCAGGACUCCGCCAUCCGCUGCGAGGCAGGAGAGGAAGGUAGAGAGGGGAGGAAAACCGCCCUCCUGAUGGCCCUCAGCAAACCCAGUCCACCCAUUCGCAGGACUCAGAGUCACAUGACCGUGUUCAAAGACGAUCAAAGUAAGCAGGAAAUAAAGCAGAAAGAGGGAAAAGAGGAAAGUGGAAUUUCACUGCAGCGUUCCAAAACUUUGCUCGGCCUGCUCUGGAAAAGGAGUCCGUCCAGGGAUCACUCCAAAUCCCCAACCCCAUCCAAAUCCCCAACCCUAUCUGAACCUGGUCAGGGUACUACGAAAGACAGCAUGUCGGAUCAGGAAGUGCUCUCUCAGGUGGAGGAAAUGGCCAGAAAGCUGCUGGAUGAGGAGGAUGUGGCCGUGCUCAUGGAGAUUUGUAAGCGGUAUACAGAGGAGCGGGAGUUGAAGACUCUGGUUCCUCCCCUGCUGUCCAUUCUGGACGGGCCUGAGAAACUGCUGUUGCUCAGGGAGAUCAGGACACUCAUCUCCAAGGAAAAUCUGCUGCAUUUUAACAGCAUGGUGAUGCCCAUUGAGGAGGAAGCCUACGAUAUACUGAAGACACGUUCUCGCAGGUCCUCCCCGCUCCGCUCCCCCAAGGCGGGCCACACCCCCAAGCGCCACCUCAUUACACCUGUACCAGACCAGCAGGGUGGAUUCGAGCUCCAGGCGGUUGAGGAUUUGGACAGACAGAAUCGGCUGCUGGAGCAAAUGAAGCGCCUCCGUGUGACUCGAGCCGAAUCACGAGCCCAGACUCCAAACCCCUCUCCGGCUUUCUGUCCUCUGCUCGACGUCCCUUUAGAUACCCACCCUCUCUCAGAUUCCCUCAGACCCUCCAGAACAUCUCCCAAAUCUCCCAACUGGCUCCUGACUGAAAACACACCCCCAUCUCCUGCCUCUCACCCCGACGGUCCACCACAUGUAGAAAACACCACCCUAAAAAGGGGGAGGUCCUCGUUCCGAAACGGACAUUCAGAGGGCAAAGCGAAAAGGAAAGAGAAGCGAGCGCAGAAUGUUUUCAACACCGUAGUGGACACUCCCCACCCGAGGAGACCACUGCUGUCCCAGGUGUUCUGGCCCCUCAGGAGGGCGGUGCACCCUGCAGAACAAAGUGCUCAACAACAGGAACAAGAUGAACACCCAGAUGUUCAGACGUAUGAACUGAAAACUGUAAAGAUCAGCAAAACCAGGCAGUCACUGGGGAUCAGUAUUUCAGGUGGCGUGGACUCCAUUGCUCAGCCUGUGGUGAAGAUCCAAAAGAUCUUUCCGGGAGGAGCGGCAUCAGCUACCAACACACUGAAGGCUGGUUUUGAACUGGUAUCAGUGGACAGUGUUUCUCUUCAGGGCAUCACCCACCAGGAUGCAGUAGAGAUCAUCCGUCAAGCCUUCAGCAAUAAAAGUACUGAUCCCAUGGAGCUGGUGGUGAAGGUCCCUAAACAAUCCUGAGCUCCUAAAUUCUGAUCAUCACAAUCAGAAAGAACAAACUGCUGGAUCUAAACCAAGGAUGCUAAAUUCCACACCGAAGGCCAGUUAUACAGAAGAAGAAUGUGGGAAACUGAACAAUUAAGAAUGAACAAGCAUUAUUUCAUCAUAAUUAUGUUCAUCAUUAAACCAAAUCACACAAGAAAUAAAAUCAAUUUAUUACUAA